CUCUGCCUGAGAAACACUCCUCCCUUCCCUCCAAGGCUCGAUCCACAAAUCCCGUACGCGUUUCACAAAUCUGAGAAAAUCGAAAGAAAGCAUUUGGAAACAAACAUGGCAUCGAAGCCGAGCCCAGCAUUUGCUUACACGGUGGUGUACGUGAAAGACGUAGCCAAAUCCGUCGAUUUCUACGCCAAAGCCUUUGGUUACAGCGUUCGUCGCUUGGAUUUAUCCCACCGAUGGGGAGAGCUAGACAGUGGGCAGACCACCAUAGCAUUCACACCGGCGCACCAGCACGAGACCGAUGACUUAACGGGCACCGUCCAGACGCCCCGUUCGGAUCGCGAAAGGAACCCGGUUGAGGUUGCCUUUGAUUACCCGGACGUCGAUGCCGCCUACAAGAGGGCGGUGGAGAACGGAGCAGUGCCCGUGAGCGAGCCGCAGGAGAAGGAGUGGGGCCAGAAAGUUGGGUACGUGCGAGACAUUGAUGGCAUGGUAGUGAGGAUGGGGAGUUACGUGGGCCAGCCCAAGUCCAAAUCGAACUAGUGGAAUUUUGGGCUUUUAUGGGCUUUCUGAUAUGGUUGUCUUGCUUUUGAGUGUUGUCUUAAUUUUCCGUUGCAAGUUCGAGUUGUCUUUUGAACUUUGAUCUAGGGUGUUACCCUAGUUAAGGAUAUGAAACUUUCUUCCAAUUUUUUC